AUGCCAUACGCUGCAGAGCGGCUAAGCUCACGAGCCACAACUACUGAACCCACACUCCAGAGCCUGUGCUCCAAGAGGAGGAGCCGCCGCAAUGGGGAGCUUGCCCACCGCAGUGAGGAGCGGCCCUGCUCGUCGCAAGUGGAGGAAGCUCCAGCAAGAAUUAAGAUGAUUAUUAUAUGCCAUCACACACUUGUGGUCCACCAGCUGCAGGAUGUUAAUGCCAUACCUGAUCAUCACUGGGCACUUCUGGGAGAGGCCCCAGGAAGGACACGAGAGGCAGCUGGAAAUUUGAGAACCAGCGUGCCGACUGAAGGAUCGAAGUGGUGCAGCGCGAGGGCCCCGACGGCUCAGGCUGAGGACUGGACACUCGACAGCAAGAGGGCCGUGAAGCGCGUGAGUCACGAGGGGCGGGCCAGGCGGCAGGCGGCAGGGGGAGGCGCCGGCACCCUGAACUUCCGGCCACGCGCGCACGCCGCCUUGUCACCGGAAGACACGGCGGGGCCACAGGUCAACACGCUGCCUCAGGUUCGCCGAGCCUGCCUCAACCGAAAGCCAUCAUCAAGUCCAGCAAAGGGACCCCCGGCCCCCAUAGCCCAGGGCACCAAGUUGGGUACCAUCUCCCCUACACUUUAA